CUGACCGCAGCCCCUCGCGCUCACCUGGCCGCCCAGCCUCCUUCAGGUGGGAGCUGCAGGUCCUGGAACCUUCUCUCCACUUCCCUCUCUGCGGUUCACCGGAGCGUCCUCACACGGCACUGACAGCGGGAGAAGUCACUUCAGCCUGACACCCAGCAACACACGGACCUGUAGCUGCCAGCAGAAACACUUCCAGACUCCAGUCGCUUCCUGAAGUGCGUUUUCACGGAAAUGGUUCACCUGAAGUUUCCCUUCGGACGGUGAAAGUUUAGAGUUGGAGACAGCAGGGAGACGCUUCCAAUGGAGAGAGGGUGAAUCAAUCCUUCUGGACCAUACAAGUACAUCAAGGGCUUAGCUCCAGUGUGAGGAGGUAUGUCAAACCGUGACUCGCUGGGGUUCGGGGAACUCCUUCCCCAGGAUGUGGUUGAUAUUUUUGCCCAAGAGAAGCACAGCAAAAGGGGUCGGAAGAAGCGCAGUCACUCCCUGGGCCGAGCUCUGGUCUGGCUGAAGGGUAAGAAGAAUAAGGAUCCCGGUUUUAAGGGGCAUAGCUUGGGUCUGGGUCCUGCACUUGACUUGGCUUUGGACGGGCACCCUACUGCUGGGCAUCAGGGUGGACACAAGGGAGGAUAUAAGUCAGGAAGACAGGCUCAUCAUCAAGGUAACAAUCAUGCUGUCCAAAAGCGAGAUGACAAUGACAAGACCCCGGCCCCCCCGCUGUUACAGGAGAAUGUGUUCAUCGAGGCCAGCAGGCCUGAGUACUUGGAGAACCUCCACACUGAGGCCCUGGAGGGACUGAAAAUGAUGCAGCAGGAAGAAACCAAUAAUGGAAUGGAGUUCCAGGACAACAUGAGCACAGUUUCGAACAUGACGGUCCAAACGGACGGGGAAGGGUUUAUGACAGACAGCACUAUUGCUGACUCAUCUUCUGUCGUCUCUGUGCAAUCAUCUGUGUCCACGAGGUCCUCCCGCUCUGGUCUCACCAGGCAAGGGUCAACAUUCAGGCCCUUGAAUCAUGGGAAAAAGUCAGAAAAGACCAAGACGAGGAGAAAACACAGGAAGACUGUCGGGGGAAUCCCACAGCAUGUUCAGAGAGAACUGGGUCUGGACAGAGUGGGUUGGUCACUGACUCAGAGGUUAGAUGAGGAGCAUCUUUAUAAUGGUGAAUCUGACGACAGCCCGACAGCCUAUAGGCCUCAGUCACAAACCAGAGCUGGUGCCAGCCUUCAGGACAUGAGCCUCAUCCAUCCCCUCCACAAACACCAUCUCGAGCAGCUCGGUGCCCCCAAUGCUGGUCAUAGGGAUGACCUGGCCCUGCUGAAUCACCUGGGCCCCGAGCUGUCAGAUGGGCAGAGGCCUCACUCCAUGGCCGUUCCCGGUAUGACCACUUCUAACAGCCUCCAGCCGGAGCUGCCCAGCCCCGUCAUGUCCAUGUCCCCCCAGGCACCCUACAUGUCCAAAAUCAUUCCAAAUGCUGUGUUGCCACCCUCCAUCGAUGUGGUGGAAAUCAGCCGUGGACGGAGUCGCAACAGCGUGCGCACCGUCAGCAAGAGCAGCCUGGUGAUGCCCAGCCCGGCCUCCUCCAGGGCUUCCUCCAGAGCCUCUUCCUCCAGAACCUCUUCCUCCAGAGCCUCCAACAUCACCUCUGCCUCCCGCAACUACCCUCACAAUAUGUCCGACAGCUCUUGUUGGAGCAACUCUGAGUCCUCAGACACCUUGGUAUCGGACUCCUCCACCAUCUCCAGCAGCAGCACCCCUAGACAGAAUAGGUCCCAGGAUGGAGAUGCUAAAGAGGACAAAAUCAGUGUUCACUCAUCCAUCAGCGGGGCUUCAAAAUGCAACUCCAAUGGCAAGCUCAUUGUUAAAGGAGACGAGGUUAAGAAGGAGGCGCCGUUUUCACGUAGCCUCUCCGUCAUGAAGCCCAAGAGGGCUCCUCCUCCUCCGAGCCGCACCUUUUCCCUCCACAAUAAGAUGAAGCGGCGGUCCAGGGAUCUGGCAGAAGUUAGGGUCAACUCAAGGGAAUCCUCUCUAAAUAACACCUCAGCUUCAGGUGAGGAAGAUGAACAAAAUAAAUUGGGAUCUUCGCCCUCCAGCCCUGGAUAUACCGCUGACACCAGUUCACUGGAGGACUCUACAGGCUCUGUGUCAUUUAGCCCCAUCAGAUCCCAGGUGCAGGCCCGAAAAUCAGAGGAAGCCGAAAGAGCGAAAGACUCUUCAGAAGAGAAGAAGGAUCCGGAGAAUAAGCUUAGCAGAAUAGUCUCUCCAUCCAGUGGCUACUCCAGCCAAGAAGGCACAUCCACACAGGUUUCCAAAGAGUCCCACAGCCCAUCUCCGAGGCACAAGAGAGGCAUCUUCGCAAAGUUUCAACGGUUAUUUCCUGGGUCUGGUUCAACGCCACCUCCUCUCCGUGAGGAACUCAAACCUGUUACCACAGUUGAAACUGUCGGCCCUUCUGUAAGGGCCUUGAGGGAACUCUUCAACAUCCCUCCGCCACCUAAAAUCCACGCACCUCCACCGCCUCCUCCAGAGGUGUGGGCUCACAGCAAGCGUUCAUUUGAGCUGCUGCUGGGACCCCCGGUGCCUGAUAACCUUUACGCCAUCAUAAAGAGAAAUCCAAAGGACAGGAGACCCCAGAGGCAGUCUCCUUCUGCAAAGAAUCUGAAUGUAACAGUGGAGUCCAUUAGCGGAGCCCUCCGUGUUCUGGAAACAAAGAAAGGUCAAGAAAGUGGGAUUUUGAGUGCAGAGGUUCACAAAGAGACCCUCGACAGACUGGCUGAGCAGAACGUUGAUUUGAAAGGAAAUGGGAAAGUGACAGAAAAAGAGGAGAAAGUGAGAGCAAGUGACAUAGUAAACAGCAUGUUAGUGAAGGCCGUAGAGAAGCGUGAAGGAAGGCUAUCCAUGGUGAGAGAAGAAGAGGUCAAACCAGCAUCCACACAAGACCCAGAUGUAAAGACUCACAUGGAUACGUUAACCACCAUUUCAUUAACACGCAUUACUCCAUCUCCCUCUCCUCCUCCAGCGCACCACCCUCCCCAACCGCCAACCCCAUCAGUCGUUGUGUCCCCCGAGGCCUCCUGGCCCCCACCGCCUCCACCAAUGGCAAAAGUGGGCCUCAAUGGGCCUGAUGAUGUUGACUUCCCUCUUCCGCCUCCCCCCAUGUUCGGUGAGGUGGGGUUCGUGUUACCUGUUCAGUUGCCACAGGAGAACUCCUCUUCUGGUGGUGGCUCCACGUGUACAACUACGUCCGUUAUAUCAGUGGUGAUCACAGACCAGGGACCUCCACCCCUGAAUAUCCCACCUCCCCCACCAUACACAGCUCCCCCUCCACCAGUUAAUGUAGUGUCCCCUCCUACAAUCAAAAAGGUCUCUUCUCCACUGCUACCUAAACAAGUCACUCCACCACCACCUAAAGUAACUUCCCCUCCGCCCAAAUCUAAGGAUAUUCCUCCUCCGCCACCACCCAAAGAAACUUCCCCUCCAACACCAACUAAGCAUGUUUCUCCUCCGCCACCACCUAAAGAGGUUUCUUCUCCACCACCACCUAAAGAGGUUUCUUCUCCACCACCACCACCACCACCUAAAGAGGUUUCUUCUCCACCACCACCUAAAGAAACUUCCCCUCCGACACAACCUAAGCAGGUUGUUCCUCCACCACCACCUAAAGAAGUCUCUCCACCACCACCUAAGAAGGUUUCUCCUCCACCAUCACCUAAAAAGACAUCCCCUCCAACACCGCCUAAACAAAUGUCUCCUCAACCAUCGCCUAAGGGUAUUUCUCCUCCAUCACCACCUAAAGAAACUUCCCCUCCGUCACCACCUAAGGAGGUCUCUUCUACACCACAUAAAGAAAUGACUCCUCCGCCCCUUAUUAAGGUUACUCCUUUGGAACCAAAGGAGACCCCCCCUGCUCACGUCAAUGAGGUCUCCAGCACACUGGUGACGGUGGUAUCUCCUCCACCAGUUAUCGAGGUCUCCGCUCCACCAGGUCCUGAAGACAUAUCCUGUCUGUCCACUGAAGAAGUGUCUCCUCCAUCUGCUCAAGAGAAGGCCUGUCAAUCUUCUGAGGAGGCCACACCUGUUAAGAGCUUUACUCCACCACUAAGUAUUCCUCCUCCACCUUCCCUACCAUCACAGCCAAAUCCACCAGCGAAAGAACUUGAUCUGUCCGGAGAGAGCUCCGUGGUUUCAUCUCACAGUACUCUCACUCCCCCUCAGAGUAUUCCCCCUCCACCUCCUAUACAGCUUCUCCUCCACUCUCAGGUUUUACCCCUGAACACCCAUGGUCCAGCGACCCAGGAGCCCUCCCCUUCCCCAGAAGUCUCUAUCCCACCAGAAAAGGCUGAAGAACCUGCUCCUUCUCCACCUGUAAACAUUCCUUUAGCUCCACCUUUACCUUUGCAGGGCCUUGCCAGCAUUAAGGAGCAGCCUAGUCCUGUAAGCACAGAGAACCAAACCCCGGAGCGGACCUCUGCCCCCGCUGCACAGGAGGGACCCUCCCUCAUUGUCAGCCCCUCCCUUCUGGAGAUGGUCAAGCUGCGGUCAGUCAGCAGCAGCAGCCCUGAGCCUCCUAAAGCUCAGGAGCCAACAGCGGUGGAGGUUACCAUGAGGAAGCAGCAGCCCAGCAACCCUGCCCCCCCCUCAUCUGCCAGUGGUGAGGCUCCUCAGAAGCCCAUCAGAAGGUCUCUGAUAAUCCUCUCACCACCAACCACAUAUUCACCACCAACCACAUCUUCACCACCCGCCUCCCCCCCUGCCACAGACACUGAACAACUAGCUCUGCCAGAGACCCAUUCUGUUUUGGUACUGCCUGCCUCCCCAACCCCAGCAAAAAGGUCUCCACCUGCCAUGACGGCCUCUCCUUCCAUGAACCUGCAGGAGGCCAUCCGCCUGAGGACAGCGGCCAGAUCAAAAACCGGCCCCGCAUCCCGCCUCAGUUUGAACUCCCCAACGUCGCCAAAAGACCCCCAAAAGUCCCCCUGCAGCACAGCAAGCUUUAUCUUCUCCAAGAGCAACAAGAGGGUGGUGAUCGAGACCAAGCCGGCACCGGAGGACAUGGCCACCGUACAGAAGGUGGCAGGCGAAGCGAAGUGGGUCAAGAAGGAAGUUAAGGUGCCACCACCUGUUGCAAGGAAACCAAAAACGAAGGGGAAAGAGAUCGAGGACAGUGAAGGGACAGAGCAAACUGCAGGACAGGAAGCACUGCAAGACGGUGUCAAGGAUGCUACGGAGAAAACGAAUGGGACAGCAGGUACUGUUGAAGGAGGAGAGACGCCAUCCACAUGAUUGUAAAGACUGAAGGAGACCUGGGAAGGACUUAACAAUAACACUGAAUCUGCUGCAAGGUCUUUGUGUGAGAAGCAAGACACUGGAUUUGGAUGGAUGAGAUGCUUAUCUCAAGGAUUGCAUUUGUAAAAGUUCUGGAUUUUAAAGGAAAUUCUCCGACUUUAAAGUUAAUGGUGUGGGUCUUCAUUUUCUCAAGUUUGCAUUUUACCAAAAAUGAAUACAGCAUAUUUUCUUUUGCCAGAGGUGCUUCUGAGCUUUCCGUUGCACGAGAUGGGAAUAUACCGCCCUCUAGUGUCACACAUCGACGUAUGUCCUGCUGAAUCAGUUUUAGAUGUAACAAUGGGACUUUUGGGCGCUCAUCUGUAAAUAUAGCAUUGAUGGAUCUGUUCUACAGAGUUCUGUUCUAUAUUUUCUCCAAAACGGUUUCCACAGCAAUGUUUUUUAAAAAGUAUUAAUUAUAUUAAGUUAUUUGUUUCCUGUUUUCACAUUCAGAGGAGUCUCCACAGACAGAAUGUGUGUUAAAUCUGUGUAUCAUUUAAAAUCAAGUUUGUUUGUAUCGCCUAAUCAUGUCCAAAUAUGUGUUUUCCAAAAUCCCACAUGUCCUUUUUUAUGAUUAAAAGCUCUUUGGGUGACAAUGAGAAGUCACAGAACCAAUGAGCAGACCUGCAAAGCAAUAUCUUUUCUGCUGCUUUUAGUUACUGAUAAUGGAGGCUUUGCCCUUUAUCAGUUGAUGCUCAAACAGUGGGAUAUUUCUGUAUUGAACUAUAAUAUAUUUCAAACUGGUUUCAGACACUGUAUUGUAAUAAAUCAUUUAUAAUGGAAAGAAUAAAGAUUUAUGGACUGAU